UGUAUGGUUCAUUCAUGGUACUUACCUUGUGAUUUCCAUUACUUCAUCGUGGCAGUACUUCUUUGCAUCUUCAUUCACAAGAGCAAGACUAUCGGAUUGCCUCUUCUAGGAUUUGCAACAUUUUUGGCUUUUCUCAUACCAUUUUUGAUGGUGUUUUUACUCAAAAGAUCUGCACUGAUAUUUUUUUAUCCAGACUUUCUCAGAAUGCCCAAACAGCAAGAAGAUUUUGGAUCAAUUUAUUCCAAAUCGCAUACGAGAGCGGCACCGUAUUUUAUUGGUAUGAUCGCUGGAUAUAUUUAUCAUAGAAUGAAAGGAUCUGGAAAAUGUUUGAAAAGGGUUUAUUCUCACAUCAUUCUAGUGAUAUCUCUUCUUCUGAUGGUAUCAUCCAUUAUCACUGGCGUCAUAUUUUAUAAUCCUGAUUACGAAUACGAUCGAAUUGGGUCAGCUUUAUAUGCUUCCUUGCAUCGAGUGGUUUGGUCAGUGGGGAGUGUGGGAGUACUGUAUGUGGCAAGUUAUGGACAUACCAAAUAUAUUUACCGAUUCCUUUCUUGGAAGCCAUGGAUACCACUCAGCAAAUUGGUAUAUGGAGCAUAUUUAGUUCACAUGCAGUUUCAACUAAGAGCUGUUGCGAGAAAAGGAGGAGCGGAUGUAAUCACUUAUUUCGAUGUGAUCAGUUACUCCUUCUCUGAUAUUGUAUUAGCAUUUGGAACAUCAUUUUUGCUGUAUCUGGUAAUUGAAGCACCUUUCAGAAAUAUAUUUACGUUAUUGAUGGUAACAUCUGAUCACGCUACCAAGAAGAACAAUACAAGACAAACUUCAGAGAAUGUAAAUGAGACAACCUGUGAUAGUCACUUGUGAAAUGUAUAUCUAGAAAAAAAUCAUGAUUAUUGUUCAAUCUUAUUCAGGAGUAUAAUUGCCAAAGGUUUGAUGAGCCACUACGACAUGUGACUAUUCAAUAAUGAUUUCCAAUGCCAACUAAUAAUAAUUCAAACGAAUAUCAUAAGAAAAAUCACAUUUGGAAACUAUUUCAUCAUUGACAACGGCAAUAAAAAAAUAUUUAUGAGUUGAUCAAUAAUAACAUAGCAGUUCUCAAUUAUUCAGCUCUUGAUUGUAUUACAAUACUUGUUUAUGAUAGAAUUGCUCACUUCCAAAAGUGUAACAGGUUAUAAACUUACGAUCAAUUAGAAUACACCAUCCUGUAGGUUUUUUCAAAUUUUCAAUGAAUAUGAAACCAUCACUAAACUUAAAA